GCGGCAUUAACGUGCGUUCAAGUCGAUCCAGAGCGUAAGAGCGAGAGAGAAGAGGAUGCAGUAUUGCGUCGUUUCGUAGGCCGACGUUUUGUUUUAAUACGAAAAUAAUCCCGUGCGUGGCAAACACAUUCACACAACGGGUGACGGAGAACAUUCAAAUUACCGCAACCCAAACCACUGACAAUUUAAUUUGUCUACUCCCCCCGAAACGGUGAUGAUGGUGUUCGUGAAAGUCUAGGCAGUGUGCAAGCCGCAUAUGCAAUUUGAACAUAACUUAUUUGUUUACCAACAAAACGGACAAGCGAAAGUGUGUCCCGGGGAAGUGAAAGGGAGUUAGACAAGCAAGAGAGAGAGAGAGAGAGAGAGCGAAUGAGUAGGAAAGUAACAUAAACUAUUCCACCCAGCCCAGUGAAGCCAUUUCGAUGGCGGCAGUGAAGCAUCAUUAAUUCGAACGAUACCGAAGCGCGCCUUGACGUGAAGCACCACAAAAAUACGCGUAAAAAAAAGAGGACACAGAUUAACCUCGUCGUGAAGAACCCGUACAAAGGAACGCGUUUCCGGCAGCGUACAGUCGUGUUGGCAACCUUCAAGGACCACAGCGUCGCUUUCCUUUGCUUAGAAACAAAUACAUCAGACGCCUGCUUUGGCGCGAUUCGAACCGUGAUUUGCUAGUAUCCUUGGAAACCGCACACAGCCGCACCAUGGAUAUCUACUACAUGAGUGACAGCAUCCAGUACUCGUCGUUCCGCGGACCAGUGUACCGGGAUUACGAGAAGUUCCCGUACGGUACGCUGGAAAAUCCGCUCAACAAUCCCGUCACGAAGAGCAAACAGCAGCAGCAGCAGCAAAGGCGGCACCACUCGAGCACGAGCAGCAGUUCAAGCGCCCAAGCCAAACUGCUCAGCUACAUCGGCAAAUCGCCACCAUCCGGCAAAGCGGGAACGAAGGACUCUUGCCCGUUCUGUAAGGAGCAAAAGAAGCGACCACUCGGUGCGUAUAUGCGCAAACGUGGCCAACGUAUCACCACGGAAAGUAUCAGCGAGGACGCGGAAGAGUGCAUUGGGCAGCUGCGGGAGGAGGAUGAGGAGGAAGAGGAGGAGUGCGCAUCGGCGGGAGCAACCGGAAUGUCCGUCAGCCCGACCACCGGUCACCUGCAGCACAUGUACCGGGGUAUGGCCGGUGUGCCUGGUUUCAACCGGCAGGAAUCGAUCGAAGGCAAAUAAACAACCGAGCGCUCUCUGGUGGAUGGUUCGCGCAGCAGGCUAGAAUAUAGUAGGCAUAUGAGGAGACGAAUCAUACACGUGUAUCGCGAAGUUGGCCAGUUAUCGUUUGUUAGACGUUAGACGAUAGAAUCUAAGUGGCACUAUGGACCCGUUUGGCUGGUAGCUCUACGGCACGGAUCUGAGGUUAGGAUCUGAAGGAGCGAAGCAUCAAGGUGUUGCCGUCUUCGCUUCCCCGGAUUUACGAUGUCAGAGAGAUAACAUCAUCAAGCUUGUUCCAACAAAAGAGACGACGGGAAGAAUUCACUCCGCGCGGAAUGCACGGAGCACGUUUGCGUACAUUUACUUUGAUAACGCGUUUGAUAGCGAAACGAUAAUUACUGUUUUUCUUUUACGGUCUGCCUUUAAACAAACCAGACGAAAAGGGGGAAAAACCACAGUUAUUGUUGAUGCCAAAAGACUGAUCUAUAUAGUACUACUAUACAUGUUGCUUUUUCUCCGCCAAGAUAAUCAAGGAUAUAUUGUUUGACUGCAAUGGAUUUUGUUGCAGUAGAGAAAUAUAUAGCGAAAAAAAAGGGCGCAAACAUGCGGCAAAAAAGAUGGGAAAAUGUUUAAAAGAAAAGACCAAUUUACUGAAGUGUUGGCGAGAACGUUACAAACUAACGCACUACUGCUGCGUUUCGAUCGGUAAUAUGGACAUUGAUGAUAUUUAAUUUUCUUGCGAAAACAAACCUUCUGUUCUCUGUUCUCAAACCAAACCGACUUAUUCGAUAUGCAUUUUCCGCAUAUUACGAGAGAGCAUUUGCGGAGACUUGUUGCAGUCUAAGCGCAAAGACGAUCAUUUUUUACACCCCAGAGUCGCGGAAUCAUAAGCUAACACGGCGCCAGGAUCUGGACGGUCGCAGAAAAUGCGACAAUAUUGUUUUUACUUCCUUUCUCGUUGGAACGAAUGAUGGUCUCUGUGGCGUUUUGAGAGUAGCAAUUAAAAGAGUAAGAUUAAUUACUGAUAUACGAAGGAACCAAGCAGAGAUGGAGGAAAGCAUUAUAAAACAAGGUUUAGCGAUAUUCACGCGUAUGUUUAGCAAACAUAAUAAUCCGAUCAAUAUACAAUCAGAUUUGAGUAUUUAACCGUAAUCUAAGGAAGGUGGUUUGUAGAACCUGAUGGCAUAGUUGGGAGUUGUUUUGUGAAAGUUUUCUUGAUCAAAUAAAACCAUAACCUCUUUAUAGCGAUAUACGAA